AUGGAGCAGCCCUUCUCGACAUCCAAGGUGACUGUCGAGUAUCACGAUCCGCAUGGCCUCUAUCGACUGAUCGCCCCAGGGCUGCUCGCUCGGCUGCCCCUGAGACACCUGCACUGGCAGUCGCACUCGGGGCCGCUGCGGUCCAUCGACACCCUGCACGUCGAGCUGGUGCCGGCCGAGUCGAAUCCUACCGUCACAGGACCGGCAGCAGCUACUGCGCAGAUUCAACCCGGCCCCAGUGGUACCACGGAUGCGUCGACGGCCGACGACGGCUUCCAGACCGCAACCGUCGGGGGCCGUCAAGGCUCGCUCGAGUCGACAACGACAACCACCUCGAAUGCCCCCUCGUCCUCCACGCCACGGCCGCCCGAGCGACGCCAUCAGAUCCCCGGCUUGCGCCGCACACCCUACCUCAAGCUGCUGCUCGUGCGCUGCGACGACACCGACACCUACAAAUCACAGACGCGCUCCGAAAUCCGCGAUUGGGUCAAGAAGAACACCAGCCCUGCCUCGUCCGGCAGCAGCAACCGCAAGGCAAGCAUCGCGCCUCUCGAAAACCACGAUGCCUUUGACUGGAUGAUUGUGCACGUCGUGCUGCCCAACUCGCCCGCCUACAAUCAGCCCCGCACCAGCAAAGCCAGCGGCGGCGGCGACGGCACGGGCAGUGACAGCGCAACCACCAAGACCACGUCCCGCUGGGGCAAAAACUCGUCGACGCUGUUGGAACGGCUGCGUUCUGACUUCAACACGGCCGCUGACUCGAAGAGCAUCAGCAGCGGCGGGGCUCCGGCGUCGUCAGCUGCCAUCGAUCGUGUCUCCCAGAUCCGCGUUGGCGUCGACGAUGUGCCCUACGAGCUCCUCCCGCGAGUGCAGUCCACCGGCAGCGGCACCACACCCCCUACUGGAGGCUACGUCGAGUCUGAGCGCGAGGCACAGGCAGCCUGGGCUGACGUUGUGGGCAAGCUGAAGAGCCGCAUCCUCGCAAGCUUUGACGUGCGUGUGUCGCAGUACGAAGACGAUAUCCGCGAAAAAGAUGUGCAGCGGACCCUGCCAGGCUGGAAUUUUUGUACCUUCUUCAUCCUCAAGGAAGGCUUGGCUCGCGGCUUUGAGAGCGUCGGCCUCGUCGAUGAUGCACUGGUCGGCUACGAUGAGUUGAGCGUCGGCUUGGACACGGUUAUACAGGAGCAGCAUGCAUUGACGGCGAGCACUCUCCUCAGCUUCACAGAUGACCUCAAGAGUGCAGCUCUCAAAGCAAUCCGUGGGGAUGACGCAGACGAGCCUGUCAAUCUUCAAGCAGCGGACUCUGCUACCCUAGCCAUACCCAUCAGCGCCACCAAAAAGCCCUACCGCGACCUCAUCCUCGCCAACAAUGUAUCUGUCUUUGACUUCCGCUGCUACAUUUUCGCGCGCCAGAUUGCCCUACUGCUGCGCCUCGGCAAUGCAUGGGUCACGCGUGAGGAGCUUCUCACCAAGCUGCAGGAACAACAGGAGGCCACAAUGCACUUCACUCCGGCCGCCGCCGCAACUCACGUCGCAUCCUCGUCCUCUUCGUCGCGCAGCGACCCCGAAAACCUGCCCAUGCUGGCCGAAAUCUGCCGCCGCACUCUUGAGUUUGUGCCGGCCGUGUCACAGGUCAUGCGCGAAGACCUACUUUUUUCGCUAGCCAGCGAGGGCGAGCCUCUCCUCCCAUCAUCCCGGCAAGUCAUAGACAACAUGGUGGCCUCGUUCGCCUUUUCUAUUGCCCAGCAGAUCCUGGCGCAGACGUCCACAACCGCACUUCCCAUUCCUCCGUCCUCCAUGUCUCUCGCCUCCGACAAUGGCCAGGAGCCCAAAGUAUCCAUUCCGGAGCCGAAGACAAUGAUGCACCCUGCGCGUACGUCGUCCCUAGAAACACGGGGUCAUCAGGUGGGAGCCGGGAUGGGAGGCCGGGCGCCCCCCAGUCCAGGUAUCUUCCCCGGCCCGGGCCAAACUCAGCCGGCAGCUCAUGAUGCAGAGGAAACACGCUUCCUCAAGGCUGGCCUGGAGGACCUGGCCGCGCGUCGCGCAGACCUCUACAUGCUGGCGCGCAACAUUCUGCUAAAGAUCGGCGAGAAGCGUGGUUGGUCGGACGGCUGGCCGACCGCGCCCAUUCUGUCAGAGUUGGUCGACAACCACGACCGCUUGGAAGAGGUCAGUCUCGAUGACGACACUAACUCGGGCGCGCCUGUCUCUUCGUCUCGUUCGCCACCCUCGCCCACCUCCCCUUCCGUAUCCAACGUUGUUGCAGGCGUUGAUGAUCUGCUCUUGCGCACUGCAGUUGAGUCCGACACCAACUUCUUCCGCAUGUACGAGGUUCUCACCGACAAGGCCCUGCGCCACUACACAGUCGCCGGCCACACACAUGCAGUGAACGCAAACUUCGCCGACUUGGCCGUCCUCAAGUAUCACCUUGCUGACUACGCUGCCGCCGCUGCAAACUUCUAUGAGACUACCCCCUUCUUUGGCGAGAACAGCUGGAACUUGCUCGAAUUGUCCAUGCUCCUUAUGUAUGCGCGUUGCCUCAAAGAGUUGGGCCACAAUGACGAGUAUGCAUGGCGUCUGCUAAAGUUUCUGGUCAAAGCUGCCGACGCAGAACGCCAGCGUCUUGAGGAACGGGCAUCGUUUGGGCGCGUGAAGCACCUCACAGAGAAGCACCAGGACACGAAGCAACCGCCUAUCUCUGCGGUCCAGGGCUGCCUUGCGGACCUCCUCUCCGCAUCUACAUCUGUGUCUGGCGAGAUGCGUGUCCCAUUGACCAACUUCUUCUGCGUAGUUGCCGUUGAUGGUCCACCCGUUUUCGCCGAUCGUGAAGACAGCUUUUCCGUAACUCUGCGCCUAGAUAGUCUCUUGGUUGACGCCCUGCCAGUCGAUUCAGUCAGGGUUCGCUUAACGCAGACCUCAAGUCGUGGCCAGGCCCGCGAGAUUUGGCUGGAGACCACAGAUGUCUGCACUCUCGCCCCAGGCACGGGUCGCGUCCAGCUCCACAGUCGCACUAUUGUUCCCGGCAUCUACACCAUCGACCAAAUACGCAUUGCCAGCAAAAACCUCGUCUUAUUCCACGACCAUGACGAGACCCACACAGUACAACGGCUGUCGAAUGUCGGGGCCACCACAGCGUCUGCAUCUUCCGCAUCCACCUCCUCCAACAACAAGAACAUCCUCGCUGAGCCACACCUUGUCCUCUACCAGCGGACCGAUGCCCUUGACGUACAACUGUCCACAUCCAAAGAUCUGCAGCUCGACAAGAACAACUUCCUUGAACUGGCCCUCAUCACUGGCUGGAAUGACAUCCAGCACUGCGAAAUGCACAUUCGGGCAGCGACAGGCGGUUUGCGGCUGAUCACCACCGAAGCCAAGGUGCUCGGAUCUACCGGCCACACGUUUGCCAAACCCGUCGAGGGCGGUUUUGUCUCCUUUGACGACGUCCCCGCAGGCACAUCACUGGCCAUCUCGUUCCCCUUCUCUAUCGAACAGGACGUACUAGAGUUGUGCCUUAAGGUGGAUGUCACCUACACGACAACCAGAGGCACGACGUUUCACUUCUCCAAAGUGCCCUCCGUCAGCACUUCUCUGGCCCUGGGUGUUAACGUGCAGGACGUCUUCAAGCACGAUGCGCUUUUCUCGCGUUUUACCGUAUCGACUGCGACGGCCAGCCCCCUGCGCGUUUUCCGCAGCGAGCUCCUCGAGUCGGACAUGUUCACCGCGCAGCUGGGCACGGAUGCCUUGGAAGACGGCAGUGUGGACCACAGCACCAGCCUGCCCGUUGUCUUCCCAAAGCAACCGGUCAGUUUGUUGUACAAGAUUGUACGUAAGCCAAGCUCUGGGCCGCUCAACGCGCCACCCAGCAAAGACACAAAGCGUACCAUGUACAUCAAACUCCACUACAGCGUGUUCCAGGACCAGCUCGAUGCGGCCCUCGAAGCGUCCCUCUGUGAAGCGUUCCGGAAGACGACUACGCUAGCGCAGUUUGCUAAACUCGCUUCUUCCUGCGUGCUACGGCAUGUGCACGCAUCCUUGUCUCCGUACGACCUCGAAAAGAUUGCCUUGCUGAACGAAAUGACCACGUCCGUGUUGGCACAUGUCAACUGGGCCCGCGAGUUCCCAGGCCUGGGCCCAAGUAGCACCGGCACGUCGAAGUCGAAGGCGGAUGACCUAGCGGCCGUAAUCUACGACUGGCAGAAGCAACAUGCUGUCCUCGCCAUCCCACCAGCCGACCCUUCGUCAUCAAGCAGUAUCCGCACCAUUCUUAUUCCGGUUGAUAUCCCCAGCAUCACCAUUGUACACACAGCCGACAUCCAGCUGCAAGGACCCUUUGGCGCUGCGGUGGCAGCCGACCGCUUCGUGUCUAAUGACAGUGACGAGGACGAGGACGGAGGUAGUGACGACGAUGGCUCUGUCAGCUUGCCCAUCUUUUGCGUGAAUCAGCUCCUGCCGGCUACACUGCAUCUUCGGUGGACACGCAUCUGGGACACGGGUGACGCGGACGCCUCGCCAGAUUCUUCGGUGCCAGCCUCUUCGCUUCUUGAUGACCUUGAGUUUAGUUUUGAGGUCUCGGCUCCUACGGACGCCUGGCUUAUUGGUGGUCGCCGCAAGGGCCACUUUGUCAUCCCAGCGCCCGACGCGGAUGGCAGCACCAUCGGUCUUAGCUCAACGCCCGCCCUCGAAGCUGCCAUCCCCCUCAUGCUCAUCCCGCUGCGCGAGGGCCGUCUGCCUUACCCGAGCGUCGAGAUCCGGCAAAUCAUGUCUGAUUCAACAACAACUGGCGGCCACCAUGCCGAGCCGUCCCUCAACGGUCAUCCGCACGAACCCCUGGCCGGCCACCACCACUGUGAGACCGACUAUCGCAACCUAGGCGAGACUGUUCAUGUCGUGGCGGACCGGACGCGGUUGACCCUAAGCUUAGAUGCGAGUGGACCGGGAGGUGGGCCACUGGUCCUGGAAAGUGAGCGAGCCCGAGGAGUCGGGCGGGUUGUGGUCUAA